AUGCCUGCGCCACCACCACCACCACUGCUGCCGCCGCCACCUCGCACCUACUACCAGUACAUGCAUUCCUUUGAAUGCCGCUGCCUGCUGUCCAGCAAAAUCCGCAGGUUAUACGGCGCCGGCACGGUUCCCAUCAUUGUAGAGCCGACGGAGAGUUACCUGCGACUGUCGCCGCCGCCGGCCUCCCCGCACAGCAAGGCAAAGUCGUCCACUGGUUCAACAGGCGGUGCUGGUGGCUACGCACGGCACAGGCAGCUAUUCACCAGUGACGGUGCCAACGCGAGUGUGACGGUAUCCUCGACAGCAUCUGCCUUCACUUCCCCAUCAACGAAGAGUACGCUCAAGUGCGUCUUGCCGUGCUCUAAGUCCGUGGCGGAGGUUAUUUUGGCUUUGCGAGGCCGCCUCGCCUUGGACAGUUGUCAGUCGCUAUUUCUGUCUGUUGGGGAGAACAACGUACUCGUGCCUGGCAACUCCCUUCUCGGCGACCUCUACGAGCGCUACCGCAACCCAGACGGCUUUCUAUACCUUGGCUACUUGUUAGAGAACACCUUCGGCGGGGAUGUGCGCUCCACCGCGGAAGAAGCUGCCGUGAUACUGUGA